UCAUUAUUAUAGUAGAUUUUAGACGAGGUACAUGUAUUAAGAAGACAAAACAAAGGCAAUGGCGAAAAAUUAUGGAUCGAUGACAAUCCCUCAGCUCAAAUUAGAAUUAGAUAAGUUUGGAGCAAAGAAAUCGGGACGGAAAAGAGAACUUGUUGAGAGACUUGAGGCAUAUGCGCGUAAUGCACAUUGCUCUAGAGCAGAACCAGCUGGUCAGGAUUACACCAUGGAUUUACCUGAUCCUGAUUCCUAUCAAGACCUAAAUAGCGAUAAAAGUUUUCCUGGAUCCCCAUUGAAUGAAAUAACCACUUACUUGUCCCAAUUCAACAAGAACAUUGAAUCCAAGGCGAAAAACUUGUAUAAUGACGGAUUUAUUAGAUACCUCAGGACAACUGAGUACAAUUCGCUCUGGUAUGUUAGAGGUGCCAUAAGAGCAGAAAUGUCCAAAUCUAUUGUGUACAUUAUAGAUAUUGAAAUCGGUCAAGAUGGAAAUGUAUUAAAAUGCCAAUGUGAGUGUGCAGCUGGUAUGGGACCAUUUGCACAUUGUAAACAUGUGUCAACAGCGUAA